AGCAUAUUUGCUUCCCGCCAAAAUGAUUGAAGGAUUCCCGCGCUCUCACUCCAUACAUAAAUCAAAGUGCAGUCGGUAACACUCACUGUGGAACCACGCAUACGCAAAGGCUUUCUUCAAAGGUCAUGGAUACGUCAAAUCCUGCUGCAUUUGUAAAUGCCCAGAUGCUUUCCAACUUCAUAGGAAAGAAAGUACGAACGGUGGUUCAGGUGAAUCAGUAUGAUGGUGGGGUUACCACUGCAAAAUCCACUGAUGACUCUCAAUUAACCAUAAAAGGGGUGCCACAAGUCCCUCUUAUGAAUUAUAUUGAAGUCAUUGGUAUUGCUGAAAGUAACCACUCCAUUGAUGCCGAAGUGUGGACUGACUUCGGCAACACUUUUGAUACCAACUCUUACAAUCAGUUAUGCCAACUAGCAAAUGGUGAAUUCAAAAGUCUGUUUCUCUAGGGACUUCAAAUGCUGAGUCUCCUUCUGGAUGGGGUAUGAAGUGGCAGUUUUCGUGCAAAAGCAUUUGUUUACUGCUUAGCAUUUAGGGUGUAAAUGUAGGAAUUACGUUUGGAGUACAUGUUAUUCCCAGAGGAGGGGGCGUUUGCUCUGUAAAAUCUGUUUAAUGUUUUUGAAAUCCUCUUAAAUUAUCUCUAUGUUAUGUCUAGUUUGGGUUAUGACUGCAUCAUCGACUUCAAUUAUAGGGAUUUCAUUUCGCAUUUUUGGAUC